ACUUGUUUUGUAAUGGAGACGGUGUUGAAGUCUCCCUGUGAUGAACAGCACCCUCAGCAGGCUGAAGACUUCCAUGGGAAUCUUGAAAAGAACAAGCUUUCAGCAGUAAAAAAAGAUAUUGAGAAGCUUUAUGAAGCAGUUCCACAGCUUGUAAAUGUGUUCAAAAUAAAGGAAAAAAUUGGAGAAGGUACAUUUAGUUCUGUUUACUUGGCCACAGCACAGCUACAAACAGGACAUGAGGAACAAAUGGCUCUGAAACACUUGAUUCCAACCAGCCACCCUCUGCGAAUAGCUGCUGAACUUCAGUGCCUCACAGUGGCAGGGGGGCAAGAUAAUGUUAUGGGACUUAAAUACUGCUUCAGGAAAAAUGAUCAUGUUGUUAUUGUUAUGCCAUAUCUGGAGCAUGAAUCCUUCUUGGACAUUUUGAACUCCCUUUCCUUCGAAGAAGUGAGGGAAUACAUGUUUAAUCUGUUUAAAGCACUGAGGCGCAUUCAUCACUUCGGUAUUGUUCACCGUGACGUCAAGCCCAGCAACUUCCUCUACAACAGGCAGCUAAAAAAGUAUGCCUUGGUAGAUUUUGGCUUGGCACAAGGAACCCCUGAUACGAAAAUUGAGCUUCUUAAAUCUGCCCACUCUGAAGACCAGCAGGGAAGUUGCUUGCAAACUAAUCCUGCUGUAGCCUUGAGAAAUGGGGUUUCUGUCUGUGUCGCAGCACCUAAACAGAUAGCUCAACAGUCAGCCUCAAAAGCAGCUGAUAGAAGGUCCAGCUCACUUUCAAAAGUACAGAUGAAACAAGGAAGAGGAGGAAAGGAGGACUCUGUGCACCAUUCUGUCCAGCGCUCUGUCUUUGGAGAGAGGAAUUUCAAUGUCUAUAGCUCCACAUUCCAGGAGAACUCAAGCACAAAACUCAUAAAACAAUCAAAGAUUAUAGAUGUUUCAUCCAAGAAGUUAGUAACAAAGAAGAAGAUUAUUUCUACCAAAACUGUGAGCAAUGGGGCAGCCAGGAAAGCUGCCAGUGGUUGCCCUUUAAACCUGCUCUGUGACUGUUAUGCAACAGAUAGAGUUUGCAGUGUUUGCCUUUCAAGGCGUCAGCAAGUGGCUCCCAGGGCAGGAACACCUGGAUUCAGAGCACCAGAAGUAUUAACAAAAUGCCCCACUCAGACCACAGCAAUAGACAUGUGGUCUGCAGGAAUCAUAUUCCUUUCUCUACUCAGUGGACGGUAUCCAUUUUUCAAAGCAAGUGAUGAUUUAACUGCUUUGGCACAAAUCAUGACAGUUCGUGGAUCCAGAGAAACCAUUGAGGCUGCUAGAACUUUUGGAAAAUCAGUUGUGUGUACCCAAGUAGUCCCAUCUCAAAACCUACGAACCCUCUGUGAAAAGCUGAGAGGAACAAAUAGCAGCUGUAAGAGAUCUCAGGGGGAAGGGCCCAGCAGGUCUGAAAAUAGCACAGAUUUGCCAGUUGCAGCAGACAAACCCUGUGCUCCUGAGACACUUGGAAAACAAAUUCAACAUUCACAGAGUUCUCAGGAAGGUGAUGGUGCUUUGGAAAUGAAGACAACUGACAUGAAAGGAUGGGAUCAGGUUCCUGAUGAAGCUUAUGACCUACUUGAUAAGCUACUAGACUUAAACCCUGCAACAAGAAUAACUGCAAAAGAGGCUUUGCUGCAUCCUUUUUUUAAGUACAUAAGGCUCUGAGAAGAUAACUUACUCUGUUAUUACUUUCAUAUAUUUUGUGUGGAAAUGAAAUACUGAGGCAGUUUUACCUUGUUGCCCUCAACAUUUACACUCAUUGAAAAAACAUCACACUGUGCUCUGAACUACUGAAACUUUGUCUUGUACAGUUAGACUGUAGAUGUCAGUUUAAGAAAUACUUGCAGAUGCAGAAGUAAACAUCACUAACAUGGUCUUAUCCUAAGACACUUCUGAGAGGUUAUUGCUGUGCAUACCUGUUCUCUAAGAAAGUUAACUUUGAUCAAAAACAACAAAGAAAGAAAGAGUUUCAUAAGCUCUAUGCUUAAUUCUUGAGAUAUUCCCUUAAAAUUUACAACUUUGCCUUAAGGUGAGAUUGAAAUAAGAAAGUGUUUGAGAGACUUUUUUUCUGUACUUUCAUACCUCUUUGUUCUUGUUUAGUACAUGGGGGACUGAAAAUGGAAUAAAGUGUAUUCAUUUUGUUCAGACUAUUUUCAGAGAACAGUAUUACUUCAGGAGUGUUGCUAGAGGAAAGACCAGGUGCUGGAGAUUAUAUCAUCAAAAGAAAAACAUAACUUUGAAAAGUACAAUUUUGUUCCUAUCUGGCCUUUCCUAUGUAGGCAGUAGUAAUAAAUGCAGUUUCUCAUUUUGCAUAGCCCAUGUUUCCUCAGUGCCAUGGGUAACUGUCAGCAUCCCACAGCUGCUGCCUUCAGGAUGUCUCGGGUGCCACACAGAGGUUUGAUUACU